CUGACUUUUUUUAUCUGUAUAGUACAUUUCUUUGAAAACUCAAGGGGAAAACAAGGCUGACAUUAGGCAAGGCUGUGACGUGCUGUGUUGUGUACAUAUGAAUUGUAUCACUCUGUCAAGAGUCUGGAUGCAAGAAAGGCACUAGAGAAAAAAAUUGAAUAAUGCUGAGACUGGAAACUAUCGGAUACAGACAGGGUCAGGUCAAUUUGUUAACUUUUAAAUACAAUUAAGGUGUAGGGCAGGUUGGUUUCAGUCUCUCACCUCUGUAUUACUGGUAAGUUUUGGAGUAGCUGUAUGAUCAUGUCAAAUGGAAAGACUUCUUCACAGCUACAACUUGUUACAGUCUAAUCAAGUAACAGCAGAACAGGUAUACUAGUCUCCCAUGUGGACUACGACUACGUGCUACAAUACAGAGGUUCUCAGUGGUAAUCAAGGUGAUGUCCAGAAAACAUUCUAACUGUUGUGAAACUACCAGAUGAAUUACAAACAUCCAUCUACCCAGUAACAGGAAGCCACUUGUUUCAGUUUCCAUAGAGACUGCAGCCAUGUUUUCAGUUCUGGUCCCUGCCACAUGUUUGGAGUAGCAGUGAAACUUCCUGAUUCUGGAAACUUAAAUUAAACCCAGACUGCAGAAUUCUUCAUGAAGAACCACAGCCUGCUCCCAGAGGCGACUGAAAACAGGAGCUGAUGUAUAACUUCAUGCUGGUGCUGAAGACUUUCGUCAUACUCAGUAGUGUGCCUCCAAAGAAACGCAAAACAUUAACCAUGGAAAGCACGUCAAGACAUGAAGAGAUGAGGGGGAUGGCUUUUACAAGCAAGGAUUGGAAUUCAGUGCCUGAGCAAUAAACAAAGCACAGGAGAUACAAUAUUCCAGUCCACCUGGAGUCAGGGAAGAGUUCCUUACAACCCCUCUAAGACUGACCACUUUCAUUUUAAAGCUAGCUCUAUUUUUAGGGUUUAUAAAGUUGGGAAAGUUUUAUUCAACAAAAAGGACACCUCUGAGUGGGCUAUUUUGGCUGAAGCAGGUAAAGGAAAAGAGCUGAAAAUGGCUACCCUCAUCAGAGAGAAUUUCAUGUUUGCAUCUUUGUUCUUUAAGAGCAAGGAUGUGAUGAUCUUCAAUGGGCUGAUUGCUCUCGGAACUGUGGCCAGCCAGGAAGUAUACAGCGUCUUUGCCUUCAACUGCCCCUGUUCUCCGGAGCGGAACUAUCUCUAUGGGCUGGCAGCCAUUGGAGUCCCUGCCCUGGUAUUCUUCCUUAUUGGCAUCACACUGAACAAGAACACCUGGAACGUGAUCUCAGAGUGUCGCACCAGGGCCUGCAAGAAAUUCUCGGGGGCAGCAGCCUUUGCAUUGCUGGGGUCCGUUGUGGGUCGGGCCAUGGUGGCUCCCAUGACGUGGUCAGUCAUUUCUCUGCUGAGAGGGGAGGCCUACGUCUGUGCCCUCAGUGAGUUCAUGGACUCCUCUUCGCUGGAGAAUUUCCCAGUUGGCUAUGGUCCCCUGACAUUUGCAAGGUUCCCCUGCAAUGAUGUCCCAGCUGAUGUGGUGAAAUUCCGAGGGGAGAUUGAGCGGCACUUGAAAUACGAGUCUCAGCUCCUGGGCUGGCUGAUGGUUGCAUUAACUGCCAUUGCCGUUUUCCUGCUGUUGUGUCUCAAGCGUUGCUGCUCUCCACUGGGCUACCAGCAGGAGUCGUACUGGUCCCAGUACCGCUGCAGUGAGAAUGAGCUAUUCCAACGCACUGCAGAGCUUCAUGCCAAAAGCCUGGCUGCUGAAAAUGUCAAGCAGUUCUUUGGUUUUGUGGCAAUGGACAAUGAGGAUAAGGAGCGCCUGCAGGAGCACCCAGUAAAGGACUCCAUACCCAGCUCACAGUGGAACCAGAUCACUGGGGUCUACCUGUACCGUGAGAACAAGGACGUCCCCCUCUACAGCCGUCUGAACAAAUGGGCCAAGGGCAUAAUAGAGGACUGCACAGGGGCGAAUGAGAAACAACAGGGUGGCUAUGGGAUUUGAUAUACACCGUUCAAUACUGUUUAAGUUCUUGGGAAAGACUCAAAGGCAAAUUCAGCCUACAGCCCUUCUUCUUUACCUCAGCUGUUCCAUUUUCCCCUCCAACUUGGAAUUUUAAAUUCCACCCCACCAGUAAGAGAGGCAGGCUCAAAAGUCAAAACUCCUCCUCCUAUUCAAACCCCAGCUCAGGUCCACCUAAGUGACUUGGUGCUCUUUAAAGCUGUAGAUUCACGCUACCUAAGUAGCACCUACAGUCUCAGGGCAACAACUCAGCAGCAGGAGCCGUGGCAUUCUAAGGCAAACCCCAUUCAUAUUUUCCUCUUAGCUCUACCACACACCACCAUGGAAACAUGCCAAGAUUUUGCAGAGGUCAUACAAAUAUCCUAACACUAUUAAAAAAGAGGGGAAGCAACAUGAAUGCCCUGUAUCUCCAAAUCCUAUGUAAACUCAGCCUGCUAAAAUGUUGAUUAUGCCACUUAACAUGUAGCUUGACUUUUCUACAGUUAGGAACUCAGCGGCAUACCGUAAAAUGGUGGAAUGCAAAAGCAUUACAAAGAAAACUACUGCCAUCUGAAAACGGCCACCUGAUUACUGUUCACAGAAAGAAGUGCUUGGUUUCUGGAGCCUUGGCGUGUUACCCCUGCACCCCACCUCCUCUCUGACAUCACAGCAUGUUACCCUGCAGUCCCAGCUGCUGCUGUCUCGAUGAGGUAGCAGAUUCUCAAUAUGUGUCCACGGCUGUUCCAAGUGCAAUCAUAACAGGAUCCAUCGCAAAUACCAUCUGUCCGCUUUUGAUACACAAUGAAGCAGAAAGCUUAGUUUUGAAAGAAAUGCACUAAAUUACACUUUUCAUUAGCUGUCUUGACGUUACAAAGUUCUGUUAUCACACCAUUUGUUUCACGAUUGAUUGAUGACUCAGUAAACAGAAAGCCCAAAUCAAGUCUCAACCGUGAACUUCUCCAUUACAGGCUAAACAGAUUCAGUUCCCUUAGUCUGUCUGGGUAUUACACUCUGUUCAAACCAGGAGCUAUUUUGAUUGAUCUCCUUUGUACCGCUUCUAGAGACAGCAAUAUUUUUCUUGUAAUAUGAUGACCAAAACUAAUACCAGCAUCCCAAGUGAAGUAUAACUGUGUUAUGUAUAAUGUUAUCAUGACUACUUGGUUUACAUUUUACCCUCUUAAUGACAAAAAUAAGUCUUGUAUUGACAGGCCUUUGUAUUGCUUCCUUGCACUGUCGAGGUAAAGCAAGUGACAAUUUAACAUAAAUGCUGAGAUCUUUCUAUUAUAUUGCUUUUUCUAGUUCAGUACCACCCAUAUGGCGUAAAAAAAAAUAUUCUUCCAACUUGCAUGUAAUACCUUGUGCCUAUCCAAAUUUAAUAUGCCAGAUGUCUGUCUAGCCUUGAAUUUUGUCCAAGUCCACUGGUUUUGAUUGUUCUGCCAUUGUUUACUAUUUGAAAAUCUGACAAUUGUAAAGACUAUAUCAUUUAUAUUGAUUAAGAAUUACAACCGCUUUAGAUCCAAUUCCUGUGGCACACUAUUAAUUACCUUAGUCCAACAUGAGGUAACUCCUCUUUGUUUUGUCUUUUAACCAAUUCUUUAUUCCCACACAUUAAUGUGGAUUCCUAUACCUUUAGAUCUGAGGAUUAGUCUUCCUUGUAGUACUUUGUCAAAAGUUUGCUUAAAGUCCAACUAUACUACAAUAUAUGAAGUAAUAUGGCCUCAGGUUAUCUAUUGCUGAGGUUAUCAAAGACAUACUGUACAUCAGGCAAGUCAGACAUAUACCUUUUUUAAAUACAGUACAUGCUGGCCUUCUCCGAAAAAACUGAUUUAAUUUAGGAGUUCUUGCAGCUUUAGGUAUGGUUGUUUGGUCUAUUAUUCCAUGACACUUUUUUAAGUUCUGAUUUUUAUGAAUGGGAAUUCCAAGUGUGAUUUUACACUUAGAACGUACACCUACAGUGUACAGGCCUCAGAGUUUUUCAUGUACAGCUCACUCAACAAUCUCUCCCCUUCCUUGCCAUGUUAGAGCAAAUGUCCAAGGAUGAAUGCUAAUAAAAACAAUUAACAUAACCAACACAGUUGUAUAGUUUUUGCAUUAUACUGCUACUUCCCCCAAAAAAGAAAUGAAAGUUCUCAAUUAAUUCUUUACUUUUAAAGGCUUUGAUUAAUCUACUCCUACUUUAGGG